UUCUUUGCGUGGCCUUAGAUGACGCCCGGGCAGAGUGCCUGUUGGGUGGCACCUAUCCAGAAUAUGCCUUUUUAUAGCACCCCACCCCGUUAUUACAGUGGCGGAGAGCUGCCCGUGUUAUAUUUACAUUUUCAUUCCCCGUGCUUUAUAUAGCAUCGGGUCCCAUGUGGCCGGGACAUUGGAAACAUACUUGGAAUACCUUAAACACUUCUGCUGACAAUAAAUUAAGAGUCAGCACAGGACUUUGACCUACCAGCCUGGCAGAGGGAGGAGGGAGCUGGGUUAAUUAAUUGGAAUUCUUUGGGAAGGAUUUGUACUUUUCAUGAGAAGACUCGGGCACAUUGCCUCUCACUUUAUUCCCCUUUCCCUGCUCUCAGAUUUCUGGGCAAACAAGUGAAAAUGUUGCGACUGCUGAGCAGCGAGGAGCAGGAAACCCAAACGGCGCUGAAAGGUCUGAGCUCACGGAACCUGCUGACUUUGGCCCUCGGGGCGGUGAUCUUCCUCCUUUUUGGAUUCAUUAUAGGAUGGUUUGCCAAACCCAACACAAGCGCCCUCCCAGUCCAAACGCAUCAGAGUAUGAGAAAUGUAUUCUGGGAUGAAAUGAAAGCAGAAAACAUAAAACAGUACUUACACAAUUUCAGCCAAGUCCCACAUCUAGCAGGAACACAAGAGAAUUUCCGUCUCGCACAGCAGAUUCAAGCCCAGUGGAAAGAGUACGGUCUGGAUAAAGUAGAGCUGGCUCAUUAUGACAUUCUAUUAUCGUACCCCAACGAGAGCAACCCCAAUUACAUCUCUAUUGUAGAUGAACAUGGAUAUGAGGUUUACAAUACAUCAUUAUUUGAACCUCCUCCACCAGGAUAUGAAAAUAUUUCAGAUGUCGUUCCACCAUACAAUGCCUAUUCAGCACCUGGAACCCCAGAGGGGGAGCUGGUAUAUGUGAAUUACGGCCGCACAGAGGACUUUCACUAUCUGGAAAGGAAUUUAAAUAUCAGCUGCCAUGGGAAGAUAGUUAUUGCCAGAUAUGGAAAGAUUUUCAGAGGGAAUAAGGUUAGCAAUGCACAAAAAGCUGGUGCCAUAGGCAUUAUCCUCUAUUCCGAUCCAGUAGAUUACUGUGCUCCUGGUGUAGAACCUUAUCCAGAUGGUUGGAACCUUCCAGGCGGUGGUGCCCAACGUGGAAAUGUCCUUAAUCUGAAUGGUGCAGGAGACCCACUUACCCCUGGUUAUCCUGCAAAAGAAUACACAUACCGAUAUAAUGAAAAGGAUGGCGUAGGGCUCCCAAGAAUUCCAGUGCAUCCUAUAGGAUACCAUGAUGCCGAGGCCCUGCUGCGGUUCAUGGGAGGUACGCCUCCCCCAGACCAAAGCUGGAUAGGAGGUCUCAAUGUCUCUUACAAUAUUGGUCCAGGAUAUAAUGAAAGCCACAAACUAUUAAAGGUCAGAAUGCGUAUCCACACCUUCAACGAAAUCCGAAGAGUUUACAAUGUAAUCGGCACCAUUAGAGGAGCUGAGGAGCCAGACAGAUAUGUGAUCCUUGGUGGCCAUCGAGAUGCUUGGGUUUUUGGUGGCAUUGACCCACAAAGUGGAGCUGCUGUUGUCAAUGAGAUUGUAAGAAGUGCUGGAAAACUGAAUAAGCAAGGAUGGAGGCCACGAAGAACAAUGAUGUUUGCCAGCUGGGAUGCAGAGGAGUUUGGGUUAUUGGGGUCUACAGAAUGGGCAGAGGAAAAUGUGAAAAUGUUACAGGAACGUGCUGUAGCCUAUAUCAAUGCUGAUGCCUCUGUGGAAGGGAAUUAUACUCUGAGAAUUGACUGCACGCCUCUGAUGUACCAGCUAGUCUACCGUUUGACUAAAGAGAUUAACAGCCCAGAUGAGGGGUUUGAAGGAAAAUCGCUCUAUGAAAGUUGGCACCAGAAAGACAACUGGACAGAAUACAAAGAUUGCCCAAGGAUAAACAAGUUGGGCUCUGGAAACGAUUUUGAAGUAUUUUUCCAGCGAAUUGGCGUUGCGUCUGGCAGAGCUCGUUAUACUAAAAAUAGGGAAGGAAGGUUCAGCGGUUACCCUGUAUAUCACAGUGUUUAUGAGACAUCGGAGAUAGUUGAUAGAUUCUACGACCCCCUCUAUAAGAACCAUCUGGCUGUAGCCAAGGUACGGGGAGGCCUUGUACUGGAACUUGCUGAUUCCCUGGUGCUUCCAUUUGAUGGCCAAGACUACGCUGAGGCACUGAAGAAUUAUGCCAAUAUCAUUUUUAAUAUGGCACAGAAACAUCAAGCAAAGCUUCAGGAGUACAGCAUAUCCUUUGAACCUCUGUUUUCUGCAAUUGCAAAUUUUACAGAAAAUGUGAAGUCAUUUAACAUGAGAUUGACACAGCUUGACUCAUCAAACCCCAUAGCAGUGAGGUCUGUGAAUGACCAGCUGAUGUAUCUGGAGCGAGCUUUUAUUGAUCCACUUGGGUUACCCGGAAGACCAUUUUAUCGGCACGUCAUCUUCGCUCCGAGCAGCCAUAACAAGUACGCGGGCGAGUCCUUCCCUGGGAUAUACGACGCCCUGUUCGACAUAGAGAACAAACCAGAUGAGAUCACAGCUUGGGAGGAAGUCAAGAGACAAAUCUCAAUCGCUGCCUUCACUGUGCAAGCGGCUGGAGAGACUUUAAAGGAACCCGCGUAGAGAUAUAUUUAUACACAACAUUUUUGCCUGAAAAUUGCCAACGUUUUUAUGAAAAUGAUUGUACAGGGGUGUAAAUUAUAUUUCAAUGUAAAAAAAGCUUUUAUUAUACAAAAAAAAAAUGUGAUUGUAUUAAAGGAAGCUCCUAAAUCCAUCUACCCACUCAGUAGGGUUGGCAGCAGGUAUGAUAAGGAAGCAGCCAUAUUGCUUUCACAACUGCCAUAUUGCUUCUGUGACUGUGGCAUUCUCUUUAGGAGUCUACAGAUAUUCCUGCCUACUUUUCAUUAUUAGCAGUACAGUUACAGCUGCCUUUGGAGAAUGGCCCUGAUGUGCCAGUAUGGUGGCACGUACAAACCAGUAAGUUGAGAUGGAAGCCUACUGCUUCUUUAAGUCUACUUUGGGGGGCCAGUAAAGCCUCCCACAUAGCUGCCAUUAAAGAUGAAAACUGUCACCCACAGCAACCAAAACUCCAGCUCCCUGUUCUGUGCAGUCAUUCAUAUAAACAAGAGGGUUGUAUAUGCAGCCCCAUACAAGGCCCUAUAUUUAUAUAUAGCCACCUAAACCCAUGUGCUUACUUAAAGCGGCAGCCUUAGGGGAUGGACCUUGGGUGCCUAUAUAAUCAGUAUUUUUUAAAAAAGGAAGAAAAAAAAAUAACACCCACCCCCCCAUCCCCAGCCACCACAUGUACGUGGCCAAUGGGGCAGGUAAGGGUUCUGGCAUAUGAUGUGUUUUCCAUAGCCUAGGCGCAUUUAGGUUCGGUGCCUAGGGUGGCACUGGACUUAAAUACCCCAUAAUAACUCAUUGUUUCGUCUUGCAACACAUAACACGUUUUUUUUCUACUAAUGGAGUAACAGUUACAUGCAAGAGCAAGUUAAACCCGAAACCAGGUGUCUUUACAAUGGAGAUUUUUUUUUUCAGGACAUGUGACUGCUACAAUGACAUAUGCAUUUGGUAUAGGACUGUUUAUAUUAUAUUUAUCAUCUAAAACUGCGGCAGUUCUGAAUGCCAUCAGUGUACAAUGGCAGCAGGGAGGUGAUUCAUAUACGGUAAAGUUUCUAGGAAACCUUGAAAUACAGACCUUUCAAAGCAAAAAUAGGCACAGAUUUAAAGGGAAUGUUAACCUAAAAAAGAAUUUUUAUAACAUUAAAACAAACCUUUUGUUUGUAGCUUUUUCUCUGCAUAUUUUUCCUUUAUACUCGUGAGUAACACAUUCUCUAUAGAAAGCAAUAGGAACAGAACCAUAGAGCACCAGUGAAUGGGACAAAAUCAUUGCACUAUAGAGACAACCAAUGUGAAGAUCAUCAUUUGUACAAAGUGCUACCUGCCCAUAUCCCAAGACUUCUGUGAACAUUAUGGAAAAUAAAGUUUGUUUCCAUCCUA